GCUCCAGUCACCCUCGCUCCCCUCCGGAUGCUACCCGGCCGCUCGGGCUAUGCUGUGGGAGCGUCAUGGCGGUGCACCGGGGACCCUCAACGAAAUGGCUCUUCACCCGGGACCAGCUUGAAAACACGCCGUCUCGACGCUGCGGGAUCGAGGCCGACAGGGAGCUUUCUUAUCGACAACAAGCCGCCAACCUCAUCCAAGACAUCGGCCAGAGGCUCAACGUCUCUCAACUGAUCAUCAACACCGCUAUAGUGUACAUGCACAGAUUUUAUAUGAUUCACUCGUUCACCAAGUUCCACAGAAAUAUUAUCUCCCAAACAACCUUGUUCCUGGCAGCUAAAGUUGAGGAGCAGCCCCGGAAACUGGAGCACGUCAUUAAAAUAGCUCAUGCCUGCAUAAACCCCCAAGAGCCUGCACUAGACACUAAGAGCAAUGCAUUCCAUCAGCAGUCACAAGAGCUUGUAGCACUGGAAACCAUCGUCCUGCAAACGCUGGGUUUUGAAAUCACUAUAGAUCAUCCACACACUGAUGUUGUGAGGUGCUCCCAGCUGGUACGAGCAAGCAAGGAUUUGGCACAGACUUCCUAUUUCAUGGCUACCAACAGUUUGCACCUCACCACGUUCUGCCUGCAGUAUCGGCCCACAGUGGUCGCCUGCGUCUGUAUUCACCUUGCCUGCAAGUGGUCCAACUGGGAGAUCCCCGUGUCGACCGAUGGCAAGCACUGGUGGGAGUACGUGGACCGCACGGUGACGCUGCAGCUGCUGGACGAGCUCACACAUGAGUUUCUUCAGAUUCUGGAGAAGACGCCCAGCAGACUAAAGAGGAUCCGAAACUGGAGGGCCAUUCAAGCUGCUAAGAAGCCAAAGACAGAAGGUCCUUCUGUGGACGGCGCAUUCCAGGGGGCGUCGUUAGACAGCCUCUCUGGUGUCGCCGGUUCCUUCUUCCCUUCCACCUCAACGUCAGACUCCACAGAGAUGUCCCUGGGUGCCAUGACAGGCGCCUAUGCCUCCUACCAGCCGCUCAGUGACCCUUUCUCGCAGCCCCCCCAUUCGGACUUCACUGUGUUGAAACACGAACACAAAACUGCAGGCGGCUCUGCCAGUAAACCCCAGCAGGUCGCUGCAAACGCAGCCCCUUUUUUGCGGCCGCAGAAAGUCUUAACUCUGGAAAAGUACAGAGAGAAACAUGCGGCGGAGCUCGCUCUGCAGAACGGCAUCAAGGAGGAGGCUGGCACAGACAUGUACACGCCGCCUCCUGCCGCUACCUCGCACCACCACAAGAAGCGCAGCCAGGCUCUGCCUGGCGGCCAGCCGGGUGACGGUAGGCGAGAGAAAUCGAGCUCCAAAAAGACUCGGGUGCCCGCUUCUUUCGCAGAGAACGGCUCGGCCACUAACGAGGAGCUCAAGAUGAGGAUCAAAGUUUCAUCGGAUCGCCACGGUGGCUCCGACCAGGGCAAAGACAAGCACAAGGAGCACGCCAGCCACCGCCACUCCAAACACAGCCACUCCCACCCGUAUUCCCUCGGCGCCAGUUGCCGGGUGGACACCGCUUCCGUGUCCCAGCGACCUCCCGGCGGCGAUUGUAGCUCAGGCUCUUCUCGAAAGAGGCCUCACCCUGACGGAGGCCACCAUCACCACCACCACCACCACAACCACCACCACCACUCGUCCAAGAGCAGCAGGAGCUCAAAGGCGGCCAUUAGCUCUGCCCACUACUCUGAUAGCAGCCAGAGGAUGAUGGAGCACCACGGCCACGAUGGUACCAACGGCCUGCUGAUGGCCAACGGCCAACACACUGACUACAAAGACACUUUCGACAUGCUGGACUCUUUACUAAGUGCCCAAGGAAUGAACUUAUAACCUCCAGUGUUGUUCCCACAGCUGUAUUACAGCAUUGAAUAGACUUUUAAAAAAAGAGAGGAAAAAAAAGUCUUAAAUUAUAUGGAUUUCUCAUUGUCCACACUGCUGCUGAUUCUUGUGAAGCUGUCCAAUGUAACAGCAUGAUGCAUCAAGCUGUGUGCGACAAAAAAUGUUUAAAUUUCUUUUCACAAUUUUAAUGUGCAUGUUUGAAGUUUUAAAACAAAGGGAAGCCGCAUAGCUACUAGUGCUUGCAGCCAUCACAGCAGUUUACACAGUUAAUUUAUGUUCUUCUAAUGUUCCACUAAAAAUCUCAGGUCAUGAACUUUUUUAAUAUAAGAACAAAUUGUUGGGUUUUCGUACCUGCUUGUGUGGAGACUCACCACCUCGCCCAAUAUAAAGACAUGAAAAACUUGGUAUCUCACUGGGCCACAGCCUGCUUAUUAUUUUUUUGGUGAUUAUUUUUUUCCCUUACAAUCUCCCCAAAGCAGCGCAUGAGCUCCACAAGCAGACCCAGUUUAGAUCUGCAAUUGAAGCAGAUGUAACGUCUGUGAAAAGCGCAUUUCUGAUCUAUCGACUUAAAUUGCAAGAGGCCUUUUAAUUGUACUGCGAGUGACCACUCCCUCCAUGGGUUGUGAUAAAUGUAAUUGUCCGAAAAUACCAAUGUCUGUUACAAGAUGGUGUAAAUAGGACUACAGUUCACAUUUACAGUUGUUGGUCAAUGCCUUUGAUGUCUCUUGAAAUCUAAAGCAGACAAUUCUCUUCAAUUUGUGUAUUGGGAACCCAAAUAAAGGUGUUAAAGUGA